AUGAUCACUUCUGCUACUCGAGGAUCUAACAUACUCCGUCGGCUCUCCAACCGAUUUUAUUCCCCUGGAAGCUGCAACAAACUGGAUUUACACUCCGUUAAUGUCUCAGGAAAGAAUUGGGUAAAGGAUGAUUGGUUUAAUAUCCCCCAGUCUGUUCUUGACAAGGUGAAUCGGAAACUGUAUGCUAUCAAUGGUCACCCAAUUGCAACCAUUCGCACUCUCCUGGAAGGCGCUCUCAAAAGAAAGGACACGCUAUUAGCUGAUGUUUCUGAAAGUCCCGUUGUAUCGGUGCGCAACAAUUUUGACCAGUUAGGGUUUCCUAAAAAUCAUCCUGGACGCAGUCGUUCUGACACAUUUUACAUCAACAAGCAAUACUGUCUAAGGACACACACAUCUGCGCAUCAGCCAGACCAUUUCCGAUUACUCAAGGAAUCCCGUGGCAUUUCUACGAGUUUCCUCAUUACUGCUGACACAUACCGCAAAGAUGAAGUUGAUGCUUGCCAUUACCCAGUUUUCCAUCAAACCGAGGGCGCUUUUGUAGCCAAGCCAGACGAUCAAUCUCUUUUACUUCAUGAAGUUGAAUCAGUCCAAUAUUUUCUCAAACAACACUCCGUGAGUGUUUAUGAUGAAACAAGCAUUGACGAGAGUAACACUUUACAAAACUCUGCCCUUCAUACACAUGAACAUGUGCAGCUAUUUUCUGAACAUCUAAAGUGGACUAUCAUGAAAGCUAUUUAUCAACUCCUUCUCACAGCCCCAGAGUCGCAAAAGCAAAUUGCUUUUCGUUGGACCAACGACUCUUUUCCAUUUACACAGCCUUCUUACCAGUUAGAAGUCUUAUGGAAUGACAAAUGGCUUGAACUCUUGGGUGCAGGCAUUGUUCAAGAACGGUUGCUGCUUGAUGCUGACUUGCAACACUCCGUUGGUUGGGCUUUUGGUAUCGGACUAGAACGUUUAGCUAUGCUAUUAUAUCAAAUUCCAGACAUUCGAUUGUUUUGGUCACACGAUAAACGCUUUCUAUCCCAAUUUCAGCCAGGUCGCAUUACAGCGUUUCGCCCCUUCAGUAAAUACCCUAUAUGUUUCAAGGAUGUCUCGUUCUGGCUAAAAGAAGGCUUUUCAGACAAGGACUUUCACCAAGCUGUUCGCAAUAUUUGCGGAGACUUAGUGGAAUCGGUACAACUAAUCGAUCGUUACCAAAAACAAGAUGGAAAUGUGAGCUUAUGUUACCGAAUAAAUUACCGAAGCAUGGAGCGUUCUUUACGAAAUCACGAAGUCGAUGAUUUACAAGAACAAUUAAGGACCCAUUUACAAACGCUUCCUUUGACACUCAGGUAA